AAAGAAAGACUAGAGCGUGAGCUACGGCUCCCUCAAUAGCGCGUCCUUAAAAUUCCCUAAAUCCGAACUCUGCUAGUUUCUGACUACAUAAUACAUAUUAAACUUCUCCCUCUCUCCAUCAGUUCCGACACUCAUUUCUUUAGUUGAAUUCACAUGCCGUGCCUCGCCGGAACCACUUCUCUCUUAUAGCUCAGCGGGCCAUUUCCCCAGCAAUGAGACAUGGGCUUUCUCCGGCGACUCUUCGGCCCCAAAAGGCCCACCACUUCGCCGCCGGUUAAGGACAAGAAGAGGUGGGGUAAGGGUUCCUCCAAGGACAAGGCCCAAGUCCCAAAUAACUCCGACGCUCACGCCUCCGAUAUUCCGUACCCCGGCGCCGCCUUGGACGCCAACAAGCAUGCGAUAGCCGUAGCCGCCGCGACAGCUGCUGUAGCUGAAGCCGCUCUCGCGGCGGCUCAUGCGGCUGCCGAGGUUGUGCGGCUGACGAAUAGCGGCGGUGCUGGGAGCUCUUCCGUCGCUGCGCAUGUUAGCAGGAACCGCCACGUGGCGGCCAUUAAGAUUCAAUCGGCUUUCCGUGGAUAUCUGGCUAGAAGAGCCUUGAGGGCACUUAAAGCAUUGGUGAAGCUUCAAGCAUUGGUUAGAGGCCACAUUGUGAGAAAACAAACAUCGGACAUGCUCCGGCGGAUGCAGACACUUGUGCGAGUCCAAGCCCGAGCGCGUGCAAAUCGCACCCACGUGUCGGAACCCCUGCAUUCUUUCAGCAAAUCCUCCCUUCCAAAACACCCCUUCCCUGAAAAUCCUGACAAAAAUAGGCAUCAACAACGUGCUUAUAGUAGCAAAUAUGAUGGUCCCUCUAUUCUUAAGAGGUGUGGUUCGAAUUCAAACUUCAGGGAUGUUGUGAACCUUGACAAAACACGGACGGGAUCGAAUUGGUUAGAUCGUUGGAUGGAGGAAAGUGUAUGGAACAACUGCCAAGGCUCUUCAAUGAGAUAUGGGCCUAGCCAUGCCGAUGAUGAAAAAAAUGACAAGAUCCUCGAAGUCGAUACUUGGAAGCCUCACUUGGAUUCCCAACGAAGCACUCGAACGUUCCAAAUGCCAAGACAUGUUUUGGCUUCAGAAUAUCAGAACAGGAGCUUUGCAGCAUUUGACUCCCCAUCAAAGCGCUCGAUAAAAGCUCCAAAUCCAGAACCAAAUAUGUCCUCGAUCAAAGCCUUCUCAUUGAACCAUUUCAAACAUCCUAUAGAAAAGGAUGAAGGAGAUGGGAGGACAGCUGGAAACAGUCCACAAACAUUUUCUGCCUCGUCAAGACCUGGUAGCAGUAGUGCAAGAAGAGGUCCCUUCACACCGGCAAAGACUGAGCGCUCAUGGGGCUACUUCAGUGGGUACUCAGGCCAUCCAAACUACAUGGCUAACACGGAGUCAUCCAGGGCUAAGGUCAGGUCACAGAGUGCCCCGAGACAGAGGCUCGAGUUCGAGAAAUAUGGCACAACCAAAAGGUCUGCUCAAGAAUAUUGGGAUGGAUGGACACAUUCGGAUACGAAUACUAUCCUGGAUGCUAAUUCAAGGAGAAGUGCUUAUCCGUCCUUUAACCACAUGGAUAAGUUUGGGAGUGCUAGCUUAAGAUAAUUGUGUUUUUACUUUCUUUCUUUUUUUUUUUCCUUUAUUUUACUGUGGGGAAGCAGUUUUAGGAGUUUGCUCAGAGUGCUGACUGUGAGCUUUGACAGUGUGGAUAGGAUAGUCAAACAGGAUGUUCAUCUAUUCGACUUUGUUCAAGUGUAAGUUUUGUUGUGUUUUUGUGGAAGUGUUCCUAACAUUAAAGAAUUACUAUUCUUGUGAUGGCCUAUUGCUUUUAAUUCGUAUUUCUCUGCCUUUCCUAAAGGCAUCUUUA